CCGCGCGCCAGCGGGGGCGGGAACGGGAGCGGGAGGCGGCGUCGCUUCGCUGUGUCACGGCGCGGUGUGAGGGGACGGCGGGCAGGAGGCCAUGGAGUACCUGAUCGGCAUCCAGGGACAGGACUACGUCCUAGUGGCCGCCGACACCGUGGCGGCCUCCAGCAUCGUCCAGAUGAAGCACGACCAUGACAAAAUGUUUAAGAUGAGUGAAAAGAUCCUGCUCCUGUGUGUUGGGGAGGCUGGAGACACUGUGCAGUUUGCUGAAUACAUCCAGAAAAAUAUUCAGCUCUACAAAAUGAGAAAUGGUUAUGAGUUGUCUCCCACUGCAGCUGCAAACUUCACCCGGCGGAACCUCGCGGAUUAUCUUCGGAGUCGAACCCCUUACCAUGUCAACCUUCUCCUGGCUGGCUAUGAUGACCACGAGGGCCCUGCCCUCUACUACAUGGAUUACCUUGCAGCUCUGGCUAAAGCUCCUUUUGCAGCACAUGGAUAUGGUGCAUUCCUCACCCUCAGCAUCCUUGACCGCUACUACAAGCCAGGUAUCACACGUGAGGAAGCUGUGGAGCUCCUAAAAAAAUGUCUAGAGGAGCUUCAGAACCGUUUCAUCCUCAAUCUGAGUUCUUUCAGUGCCCGGUUCAUUGACAAGGAUGGGAUCCAUCAAGUGGACAAUAUACCCCUUGAAAAAGCUACAUCCUAACCCAGGAGAGAUUUCUUCACCAGUCUUCUUUUUUUGUUUUGGGUUUUUUCUAUUUGUUUCAAGAACACAAGUCAUGUACUGCACUGGGAGAUCAAAUAAAGAUUGACAUUUAUGUAGCCA